GUGCGCAGUGCGCACCCUGGCACAUGUUAGGUAGAUGUGUUGUGCUACGACCUUCUCGGCCUUUUUCACUCCAUGUCUGUGUCAGCUGGAGCUAAGGUGGACUGAACUCGGACAAUAAUUUUAAUAAUUAUUAUUUUAAUCAUAUAAUUAUAAUCAUGAUUUAUUUAUUCAUUUUUUCAUCACUGCUUUUGCUAUAAUUCGCAAGGUCUUCUGUUGCCGUCUUGCUUGGCUCUGCAACUUUUUAUUUUAUGAACGAAACAGCUUUGUUUUAGAGAUUCCUUCAAUGGUAGAUCCGACCUUUCAGUAGCUUCAAUCUACCAUUGUCUCGUUUUCUCUUCGUAUUUUUCUCUUUUUAUAUUUCACCCAUGUGGUUGUUUCGCUUCGUUCGUUGAAAAUCUUCCAUCUUUGCCACAGUGAUGAAGUGCUUUUGAUGGUUAAUGAUGAAUUUUUCGUAAAUUGAUUACUAGUUAGUUAUUGUGUUUAGGGAGUUUUUGAAAAUUUUCAGUUAUUGAGAUAAUGAUAAUGGAGUCAAAGAGAAAAAAGAAUUCUCCUAGCUCGCCCGAGUCAACUCAGUUCCCAGACGAAGUACUCGAGCCAGUGCUCGCUCUCUUAACGUCACACAAAGAUCGAAGUUCAGUCUCUCUGGUCUGUAAAGACUGGUACAACGCGGAACGGUUGUCCAGGACUCAUGUGUUUAUUGGUAACUGUUACUCUGUUUCGCCGGAGAUUUUGACUCGCCGGUUCCCCAACAUUCGCAGCGUCACUUUGAAAGGGAAGCCGAGAUUCUCCGAUUUCAAUUUGGUUCCGCAAAACUGGGGAGCUGAUAUUCACGCGUGGCUCGUGGCGUUUGCUAAUAAAUAUCGGUCUCUUGAGGAACUAAGGUUGAAAAGAAUGACCAUUAGUGAUGAGAGCUUGGAGUACUUGGCCGCCAAUUUCCAGAAUUUUAAAGUGCUUUCUCUUUUGAGUUGUGAUGGGUUCAGCACUGAUGGUCUUGCUGCAAUUGCUACACAUUGCAAGAAUUUGACUGAGCUUGACAUCCAGGAGAAUGGUGUCGAAGAGAGAAGUGGAAAUUGGUUGAGUUGCUUCCCUGAAAGCUUUACAUCAUUGGAAGUACUGAACUUUGCCAACAUGAGUGUUGAAGUUAAUUUUGAUGCACUUGAGAGACUUGUCAGUAGGUGCAAAUCAUUAAAGGUGUUGAAGGUUAACAGAAGUAUUUCUUUGGAACAAUUACAAAGGCUACUUGCUUGUGCUCCUCAGCUCGUGGAACUCGGUACCGGUUCCUUUUCGCAAGAGCUCACCAUCAGGCAGUAUGCAGAGGUAGAAAGUGCAUUUAACAAUUGCAAGAAUAUACACACUCUUUCUGGUUUAUGGGAAGCUACUUCUUUACAUCUUCCCGUUCUAUCCCCUGCCUGUGCAAAUUUGACAUUCUUGAAUUUGAGCUACGCUGCUUUGCAAAGUGCUGAACUCACCAAGCUGCUUGUGCACUGUCCACAUCUUCAGCGCCUAUGGGUCCUGGACACAGUGGAAGACAAAGGGCUGGAGGCUGUUGGUUCCUAUUGUCCAUUGCUUGAGGAACUUCGUGUUUUCCCUGCUGAUCCCUUUGAUGAGGAAAUUAUCCGUGGGGUAACUGAAGAAGGGUUUGUUGCUGUGUCUUUUGGCUGUCGGAGACUCCACUAUGUCCUUUACUUCUGCAGGCAAAUGACUAAUGCUGCUGUAGCAACCAUUGUACAGAACUGCCCUGAUUUUACUCAUUUCCGUCUUUGCAUAAUGAAUCCAAGACAACCAGAUUAUCUGACAAAUGAACCCAUGGAUGAGGCUUUUGGUGCUGUAGUGAAGACUUGCACUAAACUCCGAAGGCUUUCAGUUUCAGGUCUCUUAACUGACUUGACAUUUGAGUACAUUGGGAAGUAUGCCAAAAAUUUGGAAACCCUUUCAGUAGCCUUUGCUGGCAGUAGUGACUGGGGGAUGCAGUGUGUACUUGGAGGUUGUCCAAAGCUGAAAAAACUAGAGAUAAGGGAUUGCCCAUUUGGGAAUGUGGCACUGCUCUCAGGUUUGGAGAAGUAUGAAUCCAUGAGAUCGCUUUGGAUGUCAGCUUGCAAUGUGACAAUUAAUGGUUGUAGGCUAUUGGCGAGGAAGAUGCCUCGGUUGAAUGUGGAGGUGAUGAAGGAAGAUGGAAGUGACGACAGUCAAGCUGAUAAAGUUUAUGUUUAUCGAACUGUUGCCGGGCCAAGACGGGAUGCGCCUCUGUCUGUACUCACUCUCUGAUGCUUAAAGCUAAUUGGGUUUUGCAGAGUUCAAGUUUCCCUGCUUCAAGAACCCAGUCUAAAUUUUAUAAAACUGAAAUGAUAUGUGUGAUUGGAAAAGAGGAAAAAUAGUUUUGGCAAGACAUGAAAUUUGUUCUUCAACUACAGUUUCUUUUCUCAUUACAACCCAGGAAGAAUGGGAAAGCCUAAAAGAUACAAGAAAGAACACACAUGUUCAUGGUCUCCAUGAUUGGAAACAAGUUUGCUUCUUCUGCUUGAUUUACCAUACCCCUGAAGAACAUUAUUGCAAGACUGCCAACGCCAAAGUAGAUGAAGCAGCCAUGGCAGUGUCACAAAUUAAUCAAAAUCUAUGCUUUGACAUAGAGGUCCAUAUGUCUUAUCAAAAUCCUGCAUUGAUCAGAAACACCAUGACAUAACAAGAUGUUAAAUUCGGCCGCUCACAGGAUCUGAGACCCAGUAUUAUCAAUAUACUGCUGUAGAAGGUUACCUUCUUUAUGAAUUGAGCUAUUUCAGAAGACUCUGUAACAUCGAAGAGAUCAAGAGCCUUAGCGGCUAAAUGAAUUGCAUCUUGCUGUAUUGUUUGAAGCAUCUUAGUCUCAUCGACUAUGGGAUUUGCCUUCUAACAUGGUGGCAGAGAAAAUACUACGGUGGGAAAAAGCUAUAUAACUAAGGCGAGAAGGAGAAAGAUAUGGGGAUUGAAGGGAUGUGGAGGAAGUUUGUAAAGGGUGCGUUCUGAUGGCUCUGUUGUGUGUGGCCUGAAUCCAGGAGGUGUCGACCAUCUAGUGCAAUGGAUGAAGCUGAGGACAUGGAAGCAUCAGGGGAUCCAUAAUAUUGGAGGUGGCCGGUUGGAACUGGAUCAUCUUUGAUGAACGGCUGGAUGGGAUGCCUGAUGUUGAGGGGAUAAAAUGAUAAUGGUUCCACAUUAUCUUGGAGAUGGGUUUAAUGUUUGUGAUUGUGUUGAGACUAGUAUUAUGCCACGAAUUUUCCUGGUGGAUGUUUUAAGGUUGAUAAAAUUGUCUUUUGCUUGCGCUUUUGGCUUC